GAGGGGUGAGGUUGUUGUUGUCGUCGUUGUUGGAGGGGUGGGCUUGCAUAGCGGGAGUUAUCCGGGAGGCGUUCUCUUUUAUCAUACUAUCUUCUCUUCACCGCUAGGGGCGAGCAGCGAGCCUUGAUGGCCGCGCCGCCAUUUCUCUGGACCCUUUUCUUUUUUCUUUUUUCGAUUCUUCUCCUUCUCUCCCACACCUAUUUUUUCUUGCUUUUGCUUGCUUGCUUCUUUCGAUUUUGGUUUUUUUAUUGUAGUUUUUACUUUUCUUUUGAUUUUUUAUCGUCUUUGCGGAGGAUUGCGUUGUCGAAAAAUAAAGUCAUGCGAAAAGCGCCCUGCGCUCUGCCCUGCUGGUGCGGGGUUGGGUGGGGUGGGAAGGGGAGGGAACCGUCGGUCAUGUGUUGUUUUUUUCUCUAAUAGGCGAGCUGAAUGACAGAUGGAUACAUCGGUGGUUUUUAUAACGCGCGCUCGUUUUUCCUUCCGUU